GGGCUUGGUUUUGGGCCGCGGCGGGAGCGGGAGUCACCGCCACUCGAGUGCGCAGGCGCCUGGCGGUUACCGGUCUCGCCAUGGAGCGGAAAGGUGAGCGGUGGAGCGGCCUCCGCCACGAGGGGCAACGGCCGGCGGGGCGAGGCCCGGGACCGCCGGAGCUUUGCCUAGCCGCCGCAGUCCGGUCCCCGGGCGUGCGGCGCCCCCCCCCCCCCGCUGAGGUGGCGCCGCCCUUCACCCCCAGCCUCUGGGCUGCAGGUCCGCGCCCCUCAGCCCGGGCGUCCUUCCGCGCCGGCACUCAUCGCCCCUUGUUCCCCGCCAGGCCGGCCCGCGCCUUGGGGCCGCUGCAGGGCCCGGCCCCCCGCGGGCGAGGCAGACCCCGGCCCGCCGGCCCCCUGACCCGACCCGAGCCCCCGCCGGCGCACCCCGCCUGGGCGCAGCUCUGCGCCCCGCGGGCCGCCCGCCGCCCGGCCGGCCGCCUCGCCGAAGCCGCGGCGCUCGUCCCGGAGCCGCCCCUCGGCCAGGCCCAGCACCCGGGCCUCGCGCCCCUGCUGGGUCUCCACCCUCACCUUGGUCGCCUCCUUUACUCCACAUUCGCCCUUCAUCCAUCCCUCUCUCCUGCAGUGCUUGCGCUCCAGGCCCGAAAGAAAAGGACCAAGGCCAAGAAGGACAAAGCCCAAAGGAAAUCUGAAACUCAGCACCGAGGCUCUGCUCCCCACUCAGAAAGUGAUCUACCAGAGCAGGAAGAGGAGAUUCUGGGAUCUGAUGAUGAUGAACAGGAAGAUCCCAAUGAUUAUUGUAAAGGAGGUUAUCAUCUUGUGAAAAUCGGAGAUCUAUUCAAUGGGAGAUACCACGUGAUCCGGAAGUUGGGCUGGGGACACUUCUCCACAGUGUGGUUAUCGUGGGAUAUCCAGGGGAAGAGGUUUGUGGCAAUGAAAGUAGUUAAGAGUGCUGAACAUUAUACUGAAACCGCACUAGAUGAAAUCCGGUUGCUGAAAUCAGUUCGUAACUCAGACCCUAAUGACCCAAAUAGAGAAAUGGUUGUUCAGCUACUAGAUGACUUUAAAAUAUCAGGAGUUAAUGGAACACAUAUCUGCAUGGUGUUUGAAGUUUUAGGGCAUCAUCUGCUCAAGUGGAUCAUCAAGUCCAAUUACCAAGGGCUUCCACUGCCUUGUGUCAAAAAAAUCAUCCAGCAAGUGCUACAGGGUCUGGAUUACUUACACACCAAGUGCCGUAUCAUCCACACUGACAUUAAGCCAGAAAACAUCUUGUUGUCAGUGAACGAGCAGUACAUCCGAAGAUUGGCUGCAGAAGCAACAGAAUGGCAGCGAUCUGGGGCUCCUCCACCCUCUGGAUCUGCCGUCAGUACUGCGCCCCAGCCUAAACCAGCUGACAAAAUGUCAAAGAAUAAGAAGAAGAAAUUGAAGAAGAAGCAGAAGCGCCAGGCAGAAUUACUAGAGAAGCGAAUGCAGGAAAUUGAGGAAAUGGAGAAAGAGUCGGGCCCUGGGCAAAAAAGACCAAACAAGCAAGAAGAAUCAGAGAGUCCUGUUGAAAGACCCUUGAAAGAGAACCCACCUAAUAAAAUGACCCAAGAAAAACUUGAAGAGUCAAGUACCAUUAACCAGGAUCAAACACUUAUGGAACGUGGUGUAGAGGGUGGUGCGGCAGAGAUUAAUUGCAAUGGAGUAAUUGAAAUCGUUAAUUAUGCUGAGAACAAUAAUAAGGAAACAUUGAGGCUUAAAGAGGAUCUACAUAAUGCUAAUGACUGUGAUGUCCAAAAUUUGAAGCAGGAACCUAGUUUCCUAAGCUCCCAAAAUGGAGACAGCAGCACGUCUCAAGAAACAGACUCUUGUACACCUGUAACAUCUGAGGUGUCAGAGACCAUGAUGUGCCAGUCUUCACCAAAUGUAGACCAGUCCUUCAGUGAACGGGACAUCAGCCAGCUUCAGGAAAGCAUUCGGGCAGAAAUACCCUGCGAAGAUGAGCACGAGCAGGAACAAAAUGGACCACUGGACAACAAAGGAAAAUCCACUGCUGGAAAUUUUCUUGUUAAUCCCCUUGAGCCAAAAAAUGCAGAAAAGCUCCAAGUGAAGAUUGCUGAUCUUGGAAAUGCCUGCUGGGUGCACAAACAUUUCACUGAAGAUAUUCAAACAAGGCAGUAUCGCUCCUUGGAAGUUCUGAUAGGAUCUGGCUACAAUACCCCUGCUGACAUUUGGAGCACAGCGUGCAUGGCAUUUGAACUGGCCACAGGCGACUAUUUGUUUGAACCGCAUUCCGGGGAAGAGUACACUAGGGACGAAGAUCACAUUGCAUUGAUCAUAGAACUUCUGGGGAAGGUGCCUCGCAAGCUCAUUGUGGCAGGAAAAUAUUCCAAGGAAUUUUUCACCAAAAAAGGUGACCUGAAACACAUCACAAAACUGAAACCCUGGGGCCUUUUUGAGGUUCUAGUGGAGAAGUAUGAGUGGUCUCAGGAAGAGGCAGCAGGCUUCACGGAUUUCUUACUGCCCAUGUUGGAGUUGAUACCCGAGAAGAGAGCCACUGCCGCCGAUUGUCUCCGGCACCCUUGGCUCAACUCCUAAGCCCGAGUCCAACAGCGCAGCAGAGACCACAUGCUGACCCUCACUCCUCCCCAACAAGCAUUUCCCUCUUCCCUUUUCAGGGUGAAGCUCUUCCUUCAAGGAUUUCCUAGGUUUGUUUGGGUUUUUUGGGGUUUUUUUUUUUUUGGUUGUUGUUGUUUUUUUUGUUUUUUUUUUUUUGUUUUAAUUUUAAAUCAACCUGUUCAUUUGGGUUUGUUUCCUUGACCCUGUGGAGAUCCCCCACAGCCAUUGGGCAUCCUAGGUGAAUUUGGCAUUGAUUGGGCUCUGCCAAAGACUAAAAUGUGAAACAGCCUCUCACCCUGUACCUUUGUCUUUCCAUUAGAACACCCUUUAAAUUAUACACAUCCUUUUAAAAAGAGCUAUGAAGAUGUAUGAGCUCAUCCUUUUAUUCAACUGACUCUAAGAGUCAAAUUUUCUAGUGCAUAUCCUGUUGCCAGCAUAAGGAUGAGAAGGGGAAAGGGUGUUACUUCUUGUACAGCAGAGACAUUAAACUUGCUGUAUCCAGGCUGCAUCAUCAUCCUGGACUGUUUCUGUUGCUCUCUGUGUUCACAUGUUUUCCUGCGACUUUGAAGCUAUCUUUUUAAAGGAGCCAUAAAAACUCCAAAUUUGGGUACCAUUUUAUCACUGUUCCAAGCACUAUCUGAGUCCUUUCAUCGUUUAAUAACUCUAAGAUCCUUGAAUCUUUGGUCUCAUUUUUUUGAUGAAAACAGAAGCGGAACCAUUGACUUAUAAUUUCUUCAGAACCACAGAUGUUUUGCAAAACAGUCCUUUCCUGUGUGUCUUCUGUCACCCCACCAGCAGAGUUCUUUCAGUUGGCUGUUUUGUGUUUUGUUGUUUUAAUCCCCGGCUGGCACUUUACUCACUGCACUUGAGUUUAUUGCCUCAUAACUAAAGAAAUCAGUAUGACUCUAGAAAGGAGAUCUGGAUUUCAGAGAUUUCCCCUCUAAGAAGAAAAUGUCCUAGAGUUCCUGAUUAUUCUCCAGUCAGUCCCCUGCUCUUAUUCACAGCUUUUUGUUCACCUUGUCCAAAAUUUAGCCUUGAAGCAGUUUCCCUCUGGCUUUGCCUUUCUCAUUUUCUGAAAGGCUUCAGGUCUUAAAUGAAAUCCCAGCAUAGAAGAACCAAGGGGAAGGGUGGGAUGGCACUUUUGGGGUGGGUUUUUUGUUUUGUUCGGGGGGGUUGUUUUGUUUUUGGUUUUGUUUUUGGUUUUAAAAUUAGUCAUUCUCUGCUGCUAUUUCUUUGUAUAAUAUAAGUUUUUAACUGCAACUUUGGGAUAAUUGAGAUGUACUUGAGGCUUUUUUUUUUUUUUUU